AUGAGCGGUUCUGACAAGAGCCUGCUGGAUCGCCUGAGUGCGCUGAAGGGCGGCAGUCCUGGCGUCUCAUUAGACCGUUCAUCAAAUGCCCUAAACGUCUCUCUUACGGGCGUCGAGCCCGCCAAGCCCCCCUCACGAGAGGACGCAUUGUCCGCCCGGCUUCGCUCUCUCAGAAACACUCCCGAGCGCGAGGUGCCACCACCACCGCAGCAGCAGUCACACACCUCAAAGGCCGUCAGUCACGAGACCGCAACCCGCGGAGAAGCCGCAAGCUUAUCGCCGGCGGGGCCCCGUGGGUCCCACCCGGCGGCGGCACCGCCUCAGUCCCAGGCUCCGACGGAUGAUGUCGAUCCAUUUCUCGAGACGGAUGACCAGACCCUUGAAGACCUGCUCAGCGACGAAGACCUCGGCUCGCAGGAGCAGUGGAACUUCGACCCGAAGGAUGAGUCGGCCAAGGUGAACGCCCUUCUAGAAGAACUCUCGAAGGCUUCGCCCGCCCAGCAGGCCCCGGACAGUACCGACGAUGGCAACGUCGGCGGGAAGGCCAGGGACGCCGAUGAUUCGGACGGCGAGGAGAUGACCAAGGAGGUGGAAACGUUGCUCUCCCAGGCUCUCGACGAUGCGCGGCUCAAUACGCAGCCCGACGAUGUGCCUGACCCACCAAGCAAGCACCAGGGUGCUGCCGAUGAGGCCGGAGAGGACCAGCAAGGUGACGGAGACCCGGGCUUCUCCCUCCCGUCCGUGCCCUCAACCAUUGCAGCCCCAAAGUCCGACAAGGUUGAUGAUGACGGUAGUCUGCCCGGCCUGUCUCUGCCGUCGGUCCCAUCGGGCCAGCCGAAUCACGAGGACCUUGACGACGACCUCGCGGCGCGGAUGGCUGCCCUAGGCGGUCUCGGUGCUCCGUCCGAGGGAGGUAUGGGCCUGCCUUCGGUACCUACGUUCCAGCCCGCCGAUCGGGCGGUCAAGAGGUUGACGUCGAAGGCGGGCUACACGGACGAGGACGCCGACACGUGGUGUACUGUCUGCCUGGAGGACGCAACGCUGCAGUGCCUCGGCUGUGAAGACGUUUACUGUGCCCGUUGCUGGCACGAGAUGCACAUUGGACCGGCUGCCGCGUUUGACGACCGCACCCAUAAGGCAGUCCGAUUCGUCAAGCCGAAGAAGGGCCAGCAGAGGAGAGUAGCAUUGGGAGCAUCAUGA